CGGCAAUGGUUACACAAUGGCAACGGUGCUGUCAACGGCAACGGCAACGGUUACACCAAUGGCAACGGCGCUGUUAAUGGUAACGGUUACACCAACGGUAACGGCGCUGUGAAUGGCAACGGAGCUGUCAACGGCAACGGCAACGGCAACGGCAAUGGGUACUCCUACCAGCCUCCUAGUGUACCUGUCAACCUUUACCAGACUCCUGGCAGCAACGGCAACGGCGCUGUGAACGGCAACGGGAACGGUUACACCAAUGGCAACGGCGCUGUUAACGGCAACGGCAAUGGUUACACCAACGGCAACGGCGCUGUCAACGGCAACGGUUACACCAAUGGCAACGGCGCUGUUAACGGCAACGGCAAUGGUUACACCAACGGUAACGGCGCUGUCAACGGCAAUGGCAACGGUUACUCCAACGGCCGCGUCAACGGCAACGGUUACUCCAACGGCCGCGUCAACGGCAACGGCAACGGUUACUCCAACGGACGUGUCAACGGCAACGGUGCUGCCAAUGGCAAUGGUUACACUAAUGGAGUCAACGGUAAUGGAGUCAAUGGCAACGGAUACACGAACGGAGUGAAUGGCAAUGGUGCUGUUAAUGGCAACGGUUACACUAACGGCGUCAACGGUAAUGGAGUUAAUGGCAACGGUUACACCAACGGCGUCAACGGUAAUGGAGUUAAUGGCAACGGUUACACCAACGGCGUCAACGGUAAUGGAGUUAAUGGCAACGGUUACACCAACGGCGUCAACGGUAAUGGAGUCAAUGGCAACGGUUACACCAACGGCGUCAACGGUAACGGAGUUAAUGGCAACGGUUACACCAACGGCGUCAACGGUAAUGGAGUUAAUGGCAACGGAUACACCAACGGCGUCAACGGUAAUGGAGUUAAUGGCAACGGUUACACCAACGGCGUCAACGGUAACGGAGUUAAUGGCAACGGUUACACCAACGGCGUCAACGGUAAUGGAGUUAAUGGCAACGGUUACACCAACGGCGUCAACGGUAAUGGAGUUAAUGGCAACGGUUACACCAACGGCGUCAACGGUAAUGGAGUUAAUGGCAACGGUUACACCAACGGCGCUAACGGUAACGGCGCUGUCAACGGUAAUGGUGCUGUCAACGGCAACGGCAACGGAUACUCGUACCAGCCCCCCAGCGUUCCCGCCAACCUGUACCAAACCCCACGAGUUCUUCUCGGGGUCUCCUUCGCUUCAAGACUGAAUGGACACAGUCACGGCAACGGCAACGGCAACGGCAACGGUAACGGCUACACCUACGGCGUUAACGGCAACGGUAACGGCAGAGUAAACGGAUUAACCAGAUACGGCCUUCCCAAUGGCAAUGGUAAUGGUUAUACUAAUGGUGCUAACGGCAACGGUGCUGUCAACGGCAACGGCAACGGUUACACCAAUGGCAACGGUGCUGUCAACGGCAACGGCAACGGUUACACCAAUGGCAACGGCGCUGUUAAUGGUAACGGUUACACCAACGGUAACGGCGCUACUCCUGGCAGCAACGGCAACGGCGCUGUGAACGGCAACGGCAACGGUUACACCAACGGCAACGGCGCUGUCAACGGCAACGGCAAUGGUUACACCAACGGCAACGGCGCUGUCAACGGCAACGGUUACACCAAUGGCAACGGCGCUGUCAACGGCAACGGCAAUGGUUACACCAACGGUAACGGCGCUGUCAACGGCAAUGGCAACGGUUACUCCAACGGCCGCGUCAACGGCAACGGUUACUCCAACGGCCGCGUCAACGGCAACGGUUACUCCAACGGCAACGGCGCUGUCAACGGCAACGGCAACGGUUACUCCAACGGAAAAUUUUUAAAUUUUUUGUAA